GGCAGUGGAGCUACGUGAAUCCCUGCUUCCUAUUUUAGCAUCUCUCCUCCCUUGGGAAUACCGUAUAGAUUUAAGACGCAGCAAGUGUGCUUGACGUAGUUGUGACGUGUAAAUACUCAUUUCCAUUGAAUGUGGAGAAAGGUUCUUGUUGUUUUUCCAGCUAUAGACUCCACCAGAGAAAGCUGCUCCUGACAUCUGCUCACCAGGCAACGAGGCAAAAGCAGAGGGUUUUAUGUGAUACAGGUUUCUGAAUAUUGCACAGAUCUGCUCUGAAAUGGAAGGAGGAUGCUGGCCUUACAAGUGCAUUGCUGUAGUGUCUAUCUUGUCGUCAUGUUGCUUACUAUUUGUGUCUGGCAUAGAAAGACGAUAUGUGAAUGAAUGGGCUGCAGAGGUCCCGGGUGGUCCAGAAGAGGCAGAGUUACUAGCAAAAGAACUGGGCUAUGAAUUACUUGGUCCGAUUGGAUCACUUGAAAAUCACUAUUUAUUCAGACUCUCGGCCCAUCCAAGGAGAAUGCGGAGGAGCCUCCCUCACAUAACAAAGCGGCUAAAUGAUGAUGAGCGUGUGUCAUGGGCAGAACAACAAUAUAUUAAGGAGAGAAAUAAACGUUCCAUCUUAAGACAAAACACAGAAGAUCUGUUUAAUGAUCCUAUGUGGAAUCGUCAGUGGUAUUUGCAAGACACAAGAGUGAACCCAUCAUUGCCAAAGCUGGACCUCCAUGUCAUCCCAGUAUGGAGGAAAGGAAUAACAGGGAAAGAUGUUGUUAUUACCGUAUUAGAUGAUGGAUUAGAAUGGAAUCAUACAGACAUCUAUGCAAAUUAUGACCCAGAAGCAAGUUAUGAUUUCAAUGAUAAUGAUAAAGACCCAUUCCCACGAUAUGACAUCACAAAUGAGAACAAACACGGCACCAGAUGCGCAGGAGAAGUUGCGAUGGUUGCAAACAACAACAAAUGUGGAGUUGGAGUGGCAUAUAAUUCUAAAGUAGGAGGGAUUCGGAUGUUAGAUGGUGUUGUGACUGAUGCCAUUGAAGCAAGUUCUAUUGGGUUUAAUCCUCAGUAUGUGGACAUUUACAGUGCCAGCUGGGGGCCAAAUGAUGAUGGGAAAACUGUUGAAGGCCCUGGGAGAUUGGCACAAAAAGCCUUUGAAUAUGGCAUCAAGCAGGGCCGAAAUGGAAAAGGUUCCAUCUAUGUCUGGGCUUCUGGUAAUGGUGGUCGUCUAGGGGAUAACUGUGACUGUGACGGAUACACAGACAGCAUCUACACCAUCUCUAUCAGCAGCGCCUCCCAACAAGGGCGGUCACCCUGGUAUGCAGAGAAAUGCUCCUCGACCAUAGCUACUGCGUACAGCAGUGGAGACUACAAAGAUCAGAGAAUUAUAAGUGCAGAUCUACAUAAUGAUUGCACUGAAACACACACUGGGACCUCAGCAUCCGCUCCAUUGGCUGCUGGAAUCUUUGCUUUGGCCUUGGAACAAAACCCUAAUCUAACAUGGAGAGAUAUGCAGCAUCUUGCAGUCUGGACAAGUGAAUAUGAUCCAUUAGCUAAUAACCCUGGCUGGAAGAAAAAUGGAGCAGGUCUCAUGGUGAACAGUAGAUUUGGAUUUGGUUUGCUCAACGCCAAGGCACUUGUGGACUUAGCUGAUCCUAGAACAUGGAAAGGAGUUCCUGAGAAGAAAGAGUGUAUUGUUAAAGACAGUGAAUUUGUACCAAGACUUUUAAGUUCAGGAGAUGAAAUUACAAUUGAAUUUCCCACAAAAGCUUGUGAAGGUCAAGAAAAUUAUAUCAAGUCUCUAGAGCACUUGCAGCUGGAGGCUACUAUCGAGUACACAUGUCGGGGAGAUCUUCACAUCACACUAACGUCACCAUCAGGAACCAAAACUGUUCUUUUGACUGAACGAGAGAGAGAUAAAUCUACUAAUGGUUUCAGAAAUUGGGCCUUUAUGUCUGUCCACACCUGGGGAGAAGACCCAGCAGGAACAUGGAUUGUCAAAAUCACUGAUGAGUCUGGAAGAAAGGAAAAUCAAGGAAGAAUUGUUAAUUGGAAGCUGAUUCUGCAUGGAACAUCAACUCGUCCAGACCACAUGAACGAGCCAAGAGUGUACACUUCCUACAAUAUAGUCCAAAAUGAUCGAAGAGGUGUAGAAAAAAUGGUAGACAUUGAAAAGGAACCCAGUAUGGAAAAACUUGAUACAGUAAAACCAACAUCUUACCUAGAGAAUGAUGAAUUGGAGGAAGCAGUGAAACGUCUUCUGAAUAAUGCCUUUGACAGAGAAGCGGCUUCAUAUGCACCGAAACGGACUGCAAUUCCUAAGCACCAUUAUUAUUAUGCUCUGGAUAAAAUAAGCAAGCUGCCAGAUGCAAAAGACAGCGAGAACAGCUUAUACAAUGACUAUAUUGAUCGAUUCUAUAAAAACAAGUCUUACAAGCAUAGAGAUGAUGUUCUAUUGCAAGCUCUGCUGAAUAUUGUAGAGAAGGAGUCAUAGUAUUUAGUUUGAUUUUUAAUGUUGGAAUCAUGCCACCACCCAUUAUAUAUUUGAUCUCCACUAACUUAAUUUUACAUUAGAAAAUGUGCCAAAAAUAAACACUGUACCUAUACAGUAUGUAUUCUAGGAUGGGUUCAGCCUGAAAGAUAAAGUGGAAGACCUUCGUACAGGCAAUGACAAAACCAGCAAUCAUCUAAUGAUGUUCUGUAGAUGUUCCACAAAUCAUUAGAACUUACUCUUAACGCCAAUGAAUAAGUGUGGCCCAUAGGAACCCAUCUCAUUCCACCAGUCCCCUUUCUGGUUUGCAUUAGACUUCUCUCAUGUUGUGAUGGAGACAUACAACAUUACACAGAUAUACAACAUUGCACAAGAAAUCUAUGACACAUUAAGAAAUUAUUUUGCUUAAAAUAUUGUGCAAGAUUCCCACAGGGUCUUGUAUCCCACAGAAACUGAUAUAUAGGCCCAGAUUUACUAAUCUGUCUGCAUCUAAACUGUGAUUCAUAUUGGUGCAUUUGUUUUUUUGCGACAAAUUUACAAAAUAUUGCACACCAUUUGUUACAUUUGCCGCAGGGAAUUCCUUUAGAUUUUUCAGUCUAAAGUCUAACCACAUUUACUAUAGAGGUUUCCAACAGUCUGUAUAUCACUAGGGUACUGAAGCACAUUUGUGCAUUUUGGGGUGAUUUGCGACUUUAUGAUAAAUCCGUCACAAAACACUUGUCUGACCCUCAGUAAAUGCAAAUUGACAGGCAUUGCACAACUCCCUCAAACAAUCACGCAUAGACAUAAAUUUGGUGCAAAUGCUUAAUCCACCAGCACAUUGAGAAAUUACCUCCUAAGUUUACAUUUCUUUUGCCAUGUCAAAUAACUUAUAGAAUCAGUUGCUAUGAUUUAUUGUGCGGCCCGGGUCAUAAGUGAAGGAAAGAUAACCUUUACUUGGGAUAUUCAAUACGUUAAAUGUUGUGGAAUGAAUCUUUGAUGACAGGUUUAUCCUACAUAAUUAAAAACUCUAAACAUGAGUGAAUGAUAUCAUGAGUACAGAAAAUUAAUCAGCCGACAUUUUUAAUGGAAUUAUUGGAAAACCAUAAUAUAUGAUAAAGAUUAAUGUAAAGAUUCAUGUGUUAAGUGACUGGAGCUGGCAGUACUGAUGUGAACACAUAAGCAGCCAUUACUGGACUGUAAAAUUGGUAAUUAUAGUCACAGUAAUCUGUUCAAGCUCCUCCAGACACAUUCAUUUUUAAUGGACAGAGGAAAAAAUUGCCUUAUUUUUAUAGGAUUUCCUGGAAUUUACAGAAGGCUGGCAACCUUGGUUUACUAUGGGCAACAGGGACAGUUUUUCUGUUAGAUGGUGUUAAUAAGGUUGUGUUCCCACAUCAGUUACUUGAGCCUUUAUUUCCAUCAGUUAUUUUGAGCCAAAAGCACAGAACAGGAGCAAAUCUUUCCAUUUUACCUUAUCUCCGUGUAGGCUUCACUACUGGUUUUGGCUGACAAUAACUGAUGGAAAUUACUGACCAAAUAAUGUGAACUGGGCCUAAAUUAGGCCCCAUAUGUCUGUAGAUAUGCUCCUCUGUAAGAAAUAUUUCUAGAGUAGAAUACCUCUGAAAAUACUGGUGGGGUAGCCCACAAUUUGUACAAAAUCUGACAGAAUAAAGCCUUCUAUAUGCCUCUGUAUGAAGUCAGAGGCACGUGGAGGUACAGCUGAAGGCUCGGCACGUGGAGGUAUAGCUGAAGGCUCGGCACGUGGAGGUACAGCUGAAGGCUCAGCACGUAGAGGUACAGCUGAAGGCUCCUGCACCUCUAUGGGGCCUAUCAUAGCAAGUCCUAGCCAUCAAAGUUUAAAGGGCUAUUCCCAUCUAAGUUAUUUAUUGCUAAGAUCAGAAUACCUGUCAUAUGCAGUGACCAGAGGUGGCCAGGGUUACGCAAACACCGGGGCACAAUGUGUGGUAUGUUUUUCAUAAUUCCUAUAGAAGAAAAUAGGAGUUACAGAGAGUGUGAAACCACAGCCAGUUCAGCUAUUUUCCAUAAACCCAGCCUCCUCUGGCCACUGAAUACGAUGAGUAUUCUGAUUUUAGUAUACGAAUGACUGAGAUAGGAAUACCCCUUUAAGGAAUGUAUGACCCGGGGUGAUAUAUUCAGGGAUAUGCUUUACUCGCUUUAUCCAAGUUUUUCCUUAAAAAAAUCUAUUGUAAUAAAAAGAAUAAUCAUAUAACUUUGAUCUAUCACCAGGAUUGUACUAUUCUUCUGCUAUUCCUCCUGUAAAUAUAUAAAUACAUUGACAUCUGGGCUUUAGCACUACAAUUGUCAAUAGAGUAGGUGCUUACAUAAGGUGUGUAGGGACAGCUCCCAUUAGCGAAGCAAUGCAAAGCAAUUUUUAAUUUAUUCAUACAUUUCCAGGAGGAAUAACUGAGGAACGGGACAAUGCAGAAAUCUAAGAAAGGGAAUAGUACUUUUUAUAGGGAUUGCAAGUAUUUAGUAUUUACUAAAAUAGACAUGUUGUAAGAGCUGUCAGAACCUUUUCUUUAAAAUAAGAACCUGGUGAAUCUACGCCUGGACGACAUUGGUGAUUUUGCACAUUUAGGUUUUGCACAGCUGCAAUAGUUCUGAGCAGCAGUAAUGAAAACACAGCACGAAUGUCAUUCACAAGUGACAAAUGAAUAACUGACGUGUCUUACACUGCUCAUUCAAGUUGCUGUAUAAUUAUGGAUUCAAUAUUAUGAUAGAGUAUAUACUGUAAUAAGCAUAGAAAUAUAUUAUAACUACCGGUAUAUUAUUUUUGUACUGCUCUCCAUAGAGCUAAGCAUACAGUAUCUACCUAAUUCCAGUAGGGUAGAAGUUUAUGAAAUGUGUAAUAUUUUUUUUUAUUUGAGUUACAAACUAAUAUGUAAAAUAAUACAUUUAUAUUUUUUAUUAAUUUUCCAGUAUUCAUUAACAUUAUUCAUUUUGAUGUCAUGUUGAUGAUUCUUUAAUUAUCAAGUACUGAAAUGUUGUUUCUUGAAUUGAAAAUCUAUUUAUGGUGGCACCCAUGGCUUUGUUACUUUUUGUAAAGAUUCCCAUACGUGGCUCUGUCUGUGGAUCUGUGUAGUAUAGAUCCAUAAUACAGUGUCCAUAGAUUGCUAUGAGCCCAUAUUGGACCUCCGGUGUGCCUCAGAUUUAAUGCAUGAGUUUAUUUGGAAUCCGUAAGUAAAAAAUAUGGCAUGCUUACUACAUGCCGUACUUUGGAGCAUUGCCUCUAGGGGAGAAUAUGGGGCCAGUUGUAGGCACCGUAUAGUGGCACAUGAAGUGACUAUGGAGGUCAUUUAUUAAUACUGGCGUUUAAGAUGUUGAUUUUAAUAUCACCUAUAGCUGGUGGUGGAUCCGCCAGAGUUAUGUACAGGCUCCAGCCUCUAGAUAACUUCAGCGCAUCCACCGCUGCUUCUAAAUGUAAGCCAGCUUCCCUGUUGUCUCAGAUUUAGACGCAAUCUGGUUAGCAAAUGACCCCUUAUGGGUCUAUAAUAUAGAUCUGUAGAGACUCUAUGUGUUGCCAAAUGCAAAUAAAAAUCUAUGCAUAUGCCAGUGCAUGGACCCUAACAUGGAUUGCAGAAAGGCUCUUUAACAUUGAAAGACAUUUCUUACAACAAACUUGCAUUUGCUUUAAAGGGGUUAUCCCUAUUUUCAUCCAGGCAGCCCCUCUGACAUCAGCAUCGGAGCAUUUCUUGCUCCAAUGCUCUCCUUUGCCCUGAGCUGUAUCGCACAGGUCAGAGGCUUUUUCUGGAGAUCCGGUGAUGUCCCGGGAUCUACAUGGAUAAAGCUAGGUGGGUGGUCUUUAGCGCUGCCCUAGCCUGUAAAAUGGCUAGGGCAGCACUAAAACCCUCCCAUCAGUGCUGGUGAUGUCACAGGAACACUGCUAGGCAGAAACCUCCUCCUAGCAGUGUGAAAAAUAUAAACAAACAGCCCUUGUCCUGCACAAUGCUCAUGUCAGGCGGCCUGCCUUGGUUAAAAAUGGGGAUAUGUCCGGGUUCAGAGCUGAACCCCUUUGAAUCCAUGACAUGUUGUAAGUUGGCACACUACUCACAUUGUAGAUUUUAGAUUCUAUUAGAGGUUUUAUAAUGGUCAGAGAAGAGACAUGUAAUCCAGGGUUUAAUUUAAAUGGUGGAUACAAUUAUCUAUAUUAACAAAUAUAUUCAUACUUUUUGAUAAAGUUGACCAGUCCUUGGAUAAUAUUUGGACACAAUUAAAACCAGGUAAUAAAUGUAACCUACUGGAUAAUGUAUGUAACACAUAGUGUUUUAUUUUGCUGCCAUCUAUGUGCAGUGAAGUCAUAACCCAAAUGCCACUUUUAUGAUACCCUUCUCCACUUUUCCAACAUACGCAGAUAUUGAAAAAAAAAUUAAAAGUAGAAGGGUUUCUGAUUUGCAUCAAGCAUAUCUUAUUUAUCAAUAUUUCUUCACUUUUCUAGUCAAGUCUGACCUGGCGUUGUUCAGAGCCUGCAGCAGAUUAGUUUAUAGGGCAUUUAUCCUAGUGGUAAAUCUGCACUUACUGUAUUGCGCUGGAGAGUAACAAUGGUGGGGCAGUAACAUUAUGUGUCGGCAUUAAAGGGGUAGUCUGAGAUCUGAAAUUCUCAGACAAGCCCUAAAAUAGAUUUAAAAACAAUUUAUACUCACAGCUUUCUCCAGUGUUGUUCUCUGCAGCUCUGGUCCAGUUCUGCCUCUGUUUGUGUGGGCACGUGUUGUAUUUUGGCAUGUGACGUGACAAUGACAUGCAUAUAUACAUGAUGUCACUGUUGUAGCCGAUCACUGUCCUCAGUGUUAGACCGCUGAGGGAAGUGAGUGGCUGCAGUGAUCAUGUGCCAGGGAUACCAGCGCUGCAGUCUGUAAACAAACAGCAGCAGGAGAACCGGAGAAGCGCCAGAGCGAA